CAUUUUCCUUGUUUAUAGUUUAACAUGCUAAUACGUAAACGUUAUAUGAUAUAUAAUUUACGAGAUUUGGUUGCCAUUUAUGCUAAAGCUAGCUGCUACAUAUGUUUGUGGGGGUGGUAUGAUGCUGCUGUUUGUGGCUAGCAGGCGAUUUUUAUUACAAAAUGUUCGGGAGUCAUUAAGUCUGAUAUUGAGUCUCAUAUCAGAAUUCUGACCGGUCUCUCAGUGGCUAACGUAAGUUAGCAUUCAAUUUAGCCUUAAGUACACAGUUGUCACCUGUGAUGCAAAGCACGAAAUUGCCUUUUACCUGAAAUCUCUUGUUCAAACGUUUCUAAAACAUGUCAUCAUUAACAAAGAAUAACAUAACGCUUGAGUUGAGAGUGACGCGAUUGAAGAACCCAGUUACGCCAUGCAAUAAAAUGUAUCUCGUCAGUCGACAGUUCAUUUCAUUGUUUACUCGUGAAUAUAUUAAGACAAACAACCAACCCAACUUUAAAUUAAUUUAGAUUCUUCGAUUAAACGAGGACACACCAAAAGAACAUUGAGAGCUAGGUCUUGAACCUGUGAACUUCAUGUUGUCAGUUUUUAUGUCAGUGGCAGGAUUCUUUUUUAUUAUUAUUAUUAUUAUUAGUAGGUAUUUAGUAAGUAGAGAUAUGGUCAGUCUGAUGUGAUGGUCACUUUAAAAGCCUAGCUUGUAGCGUUGGUUUUAGCUUUUAGCUUUUGAGAGGUUGUAUUGAUCCAAUAAAACCAGAAGCGGUGUCAUCUUAUAUCCCCUUGUCCAUUUGCUCCCCUCAGUCUGCCUGCUACGCUAUAGUUUAACAUAAAGGUUAUUUCUGCAUUAAAUGUAUUUUGUAAUAAUACAUUCUAAAAAAGCUUAUGGUCAUUUUUUUGUUAUUUUAGCAGCUCCUUUAGCAUCUCUGAGAUAAACUGACUGUCAGCAUCUGUGCACCGGUUGUUGUCAUUCUUUUGUCUGUACAGCAGCCACCGCUUUAAUAAUUCACUGUAGGUCUACAUGGCUGAUAAAUCGUUAAAGAUGGCCUUUUCCUAGCAUUGUAGUCACAUUUUGCAACAGGUGUAAGAUCUUAAAUGCAAUAAUUAAAGCAGACAUAUUACAGAUGCUACAGCAAGAUAAUGUUGAGUGUUGUCGUUCAGUGCUAGCUUUUUCAGGGUUUGAUGUGGAAUAAUUAUUAAUGUACAUUUAUCUGCACAGUGAUAUUUGUUUGUUUUUGCUGCUGGAUUCUUCUGACUCUCACACUCAAAUCAGCUCCCACUGAGACAUUAGCCCAUCGACUCUUAACGUUGUAUUGUAAUGAACCUUGUGUGUUAGCCUCCAAGGCAUGGACAUUCUUUUACACCCCUGAAUAAGUUGGCAGGUCACAAGGACUUUAAAAGUCACGUGAUUCAUUCCAUGCAGUUUCAUCCCAGCUGAGCAGCGUGUCAUGAGGCUGCAGCAGAGAACUGCUGGCUUCUCUGCCUCUUCCACUCAACCUCCAGUCUUAGUUCUUUUAAUGCUGCGGGAGAAUGAGUCUGGUUGCUGAGCAGAGGAAUGAGGAUCUCGACUCCCAGCUCCUUAUGGCUGUAUAUGAUGAGAACAUCCUAAAGAAUCCGUUCUACUUGGCAUUGGAGAAGCAGAGACCAGAUCUGUGCAGCCGAGUGGCCGAAAUCCACGGCAUCGUUCUUGUUCCCUCUUGUGGAAGUCUGACCGUCGACAGCUACUCUGACUCUCAGUUCGACAGCUAUGUCUUACAGCCUGUGGAGAACGGAUACCAGACUGUGGACGGAAAGGAUGUCAGGAUCCAGGACAGGCAGGUCCUGCUUGGAUCUGGCUUCCCAGCUCCAUCAUCGGUGCAGAUCCUCUUUGAAGAAACCUUCUAUAAUGACCAGGAGCAAAGCUACAGCAUUUUGUGCAUCUCCCGGCCUGUAGAGAUAGACACCUGCACGGCCGAGUUCAGCGUGCCGCAGCCUUACUGCCUGAAGAGUGUGGAGGACGUCAAAGAGUUCCUGGGCCGUCAUGCUCUGAAACUGGACAAGUUCAUUCAGAGCUUCUGUCAGAGCUUCAAGGAGCAGGAGAGGAAGGGACUCAGACACCACAUAGACUCUGUGAAUGCUCUUUACACUAGAUGUCUUCAGUGUCUUCUCAGAGACUCCCGUCUGAAACUUCUCACAAAGCAGGAGAUGCAGAUGACUUUACUGAAACAGGCUGUUGAGAUGUAUGUUCAUCAUGGAAUCCAUGAUUUCAUUUUCAAUUUUGUGGGAACACUUGAAGCCAGCCAGGAUGCUGCCUUUAAUAAAACCACCAGAAGUCUGCAGGAGCUGCAGCUAAAAGACCUGGGAGUCAAACCUGAGUUCAGUACAAACUUGUCCAGAGCUAAAAGAGAGCUGAGUCAGCUCAACCAGCAGACGUCGCCGCUCCUCAAACUGCUCUGCCUGCGCAGAGUCACGUUGAUGGCCACGCAGACACCCAGACACACAGUCAAUAUUGAAGCCGUUAGUGCAGACGACCUACUUUCUGUCAUCCUUUACCUGCUGGUGAAGACGGAAAUCCCCAACUGGAUGGCCAACCUGAGCUACAUCAAGAACUUCUGCUUCAGCCACUCCACCAAAGACGAGCUCAGCUACUGUUUGAGCACCUUCGAAGCAGCGGUCGAGUACAUAAAGCUGGGGAAGCUGCAGGACUCGCACUCUGGCUCGGGCGAGCUGAACGACAAGGUGUUGUUCAAGGAGAGGAUGAGGUCGUUGUCUCAGAGCGGUGCCACGCCCAUCCACGUUCUGUUCGAGCACAUAGCCAAUGGAAAUGAGUCGCAGAUAGAACGUCUACUGUCUGAAGGGGAGAUAGAUGAGGACGUCAGGAUGUGCCACCCACUCUGCUCAUGUGACCUGUGUGAUCUGCAGUUGUCCGGGCGACUAAACGACUCAUCCAUCGUCACACCGUUAUCCAGGGAUGAUCGCGGUUACACUCCUCUGCACGUUGCUGCCAUCUGUGGUCAGGCCCAGUUGAUUGAUCUGCUGAUGCGUAAAGGAGCAGCAGUCAAUGCCACAGAUUAUCACGCCCUGACACCACUGCACCUCUCGUGCCAAAAAGGAUAUCAGGGAGUCACGCUGCUGCUGCUCUACUAUAAAGCCAACACAGACGCUCAGGACAACAACGGCAAUACACCACUGCACCUGGCCUGUAUGUAUGGACACGAAGAUUGUGUGAAGGCUCUGGUCUACUGCGACCUCCAGAUUUGCCGCCUGGACAUACAGAACGAUAAAGGAGACACGGCCCUGCACAUGGCCGCCAGGUGGGGCUAUGAGGGAAUCAUCCAGGUGCUGCUGGAGAACGGAGCAAACAUCAACAUCCCCAACAAGAGCAAAGAGUCGCCGCUGCAGUGUGCGCUCAACUCCAAGAUUCUCGCUUUGUUGCAGUCGACUCAGAACGGCCGUCAACGAAGCAGCAGCCAUGCUGACUCUCCUAGUUGUUCUCCUCUAGCCUCGGACUGUAGCAGCCGCCGCUCCUCGAUCUCCAGCACCUCCUCACUGGGCUCAGAGACCAAAGUGGAAGGAGAAAGAGUUCGACACAGAGAGGUGGAGAAGCUGCUCCGUGCCGUGGCAGAUAAUGACAUAGAAAUGGUUCGUUACCUGCUGGAGUGGAUGGAUGAGGAGGAGGAAGACGAAGGUGAACUUCGCCCUGAGGCAUCGCUUUGCCAUCCGCUGUGUCAGUGUCCAAAUUGCGCUCCAACUCAGAAGCUGUCCGUUCCGCCGGCUGGAACUCUCGGUGUCAACAGUUGUAACAUUGAUGGCUUCAUGCCGCUGCACGUUGCUGCCCUGCACGGCCAUGUGGUGCUGGCCACCCAGUUGAUCCGCCAUGGAGCCAACCUCAACGCACGCACCAACCAGAGCGCCACACCGCUUCACCUGGCCAGUCAGAACAGUCACAUCCAGGUGGUGAGGUUCCUGCUGGAGUGCAAUGCCAAACUGAAUAAGAAAGAUCACUAUGGAAACACACCUCUGAUACUUGCCUGUCUCUGUGGAAACCUGGAAACAGUCACCAUCUUACUACAGAGCAAUGCGCUUGUCAACAUGGCCAAUCUGCAGGGAAACACAGCUCUCCAUGAGGCGGUGCGUGGAGGACACCAAGCACUGGUAGAGCUGCUGCUGAAGAGCGGGGCGUCACCAGGUCUCAGGAACAAAAGGCAGCGAACACCACUGGACUGUGCCUACGAGCUGGGCGGCAAGAACACUGAGAUCCUAAGGGCUCUGCAGAAAGCAUCUGGACUCUCUCCUGAUGCUGAACCAAUCAAACUGCUGUCUGUUCCCAAAGGAGCUCUUGCUCAUUCAUUUGUGCAGCGGCUGAGGCUACAGGAUAAUGCUAACAGCAGGAGACAGAAACUGGCUCAGUCCAUCAGCAGGAUCCAGCAGAUGAAAAAAUGUUCCUCCAGUCCUCCUCCCAGGUCUUCACCUCCUCUGAACAAGGCCAGUCCAGAAAGGAGAAGACUCAGGCGAGGGGAGACGUUGGAGGUCAGUUGCCCUUCAGCAGCAAUCGGUGUUGGAACUCUACGAGGAGAGCGCCCCCUGGUGCGCUGUCACACCCUGGACUCUGCAGAACAUCCGUCAAACAGCCUGGAGCCUACGUCGUCUUCUGACCCCAAUGAAUUAAGUGAGAAGGAGAGCGAGCCCAGUGACGACUCACCCACCACCAGAAUGAAUGAUGACCCUAUGUCAGCAGCAGGGGACCAGGCGUCCACCGUCGUCCAGGAUGUACACUCCAUUGACGUGUCCAGCUGCAGCACAGGUAGCGAAACGUCACCUUCUCCACCUUUCAAUGCAUCGUCACACUCUGAUAAUUUUGCGGAAGCUUCUUCCUCUCACGUCCAACUGAACCACUCGUCCUCAAACACAUCCAAUGACCAGAACAUCCAACCUGUGAACGGAACAUUAUCGGAGCCUUCAGACGUUCCUACUCCACCUCAUGUGGAUGCAGAUCCCUCAGACUCAGAAGGUAAAGAUGGAAACUCCAAUUUUACGGUUUCCGCUGACCUCCACUGUUUAGAGACGUCUGGUUCAGAUGGAGUCAAGUAGCUGCUGGUCACAACUACAAACAUUUACACAGAUUUAACCGGGUUUUAAAAUCAUGUUUUCACGUUGGUUUUGUGCCACACUUAGUAUAAAUGUUUGGUGGCUGUGCUCGUAUUUCAACCAGAAUGUCAGGAGCUCGAACACAGACUCCCUCUCCUGGUGUCUGUGACCUGCAGCAUGUACAGGGUUGUGGUAGAAGACUUGCGCCAAAUGUUCAGUUAUUAACUAUCAAGAACUAUUUAGAUACAAAUCAUGGACUAACAAUUACUAGACAGAAGCUCAUUUAUACAACCAUAAAACUGCAGUGUAACAACACAGGUUUUCAACAGCACUGCCCACAGGUCAGUGACACUGACCUGUGUGAACUGGCACUGACUUUUCAACAGUCAUCAGUUAUACUGCACAAAUGUUAGUGUAAUAAGUGGAAGGAAAAAAAUGCACACUUGCUUUUGAUUGGAUCUGAUACACAACACAAUAUUACUAUCAUUUUUACUCAUCAGUCCCAGUGACUGAUGAGUAAAAAUCAGUCACUGAUGCAAUAUGUUUGCAGUGUUGUACAUUUUAAUUUAAUUUUUCUCAAC